CGGUUGCCGAAGCGGACACAAGAGAACUACCGCGGCCACAAUGACGAGCGCACAGAACCACAACCAAUCGCGGGUCGUGCAUUGCACCACCGAGCGAGAGUACUGGGAAGCGAUCGAGUCGGCCGGAAGCAACCUGGUGGUAGUCGACUGUUUUGCCGAGUGGUGAGUGGUUCGUUUGGAUGCAACGCAGCGCAGGGCAGCGCAKGGCAAGGCCAUCCACCGAGCGGAGGAAGACGCGAGGCGGGGGUUUUGUUCGGUGUUUUCGUUUCGUUUCCUUUCGUUCCUUUCUCACCACCUCUUGCGUGCGUGCCGCCAAACCUUCUUCCCGGCGCGGUGUGGCAACCCCUCGCACGAUCGCACAGGUGUCCCCCCUGCCGGCAGAUCGCCCCGUUCUUCGACGCCCUGUCGCUGGAGCACCCGGAGGUCGUCUUUGUCAAGGUGGACGUCGACAAGGUCCCGGGGAUCGGCCGGAUCCUGGGCGUCUGGGCGAUGCCCUCGUUUUUCUUUCUCAAGGACGGAGAAACGGUGGGGUCCUUCACGGGGGCGAGGGAGGGCCUCCUGCGGCAGGGGAUCGCCAACGGCGGCCGGGUCGGGGGAGUGUGCUCGUCCUGCGCGGUGCAGUGAGCACGGCGUACAGCAUCGGGGACCU